AUGAAUUGUGAAGCGUGUCGUAAUCGAAUUACUGGCGAGGAACUACUCCGAUGUAUAAAGUGUAUGACACAUUAUCAUUAUAUAUGCCUGAACAUAACUCAAUCUUAUUACAAUGCUAACCUGGGCGAACUGAGAAGGUCCUGGAUAUGUCCACUUUGCAUCAACGUAACUAGGCGAAAGGGAAACAACUGCAAUACGCCUGUUCGGAAACAACUAGAAAACAUGGAUGAAUCUAGCAUGUCCUGCGAAGACCUUACGAUUAGUGAAAACACUGUUGAAAUUAGUCGACCAGUCAUGGACACAGUUGAAAAUACACCCACGUCAUUCGGAUGUACUCCCGCUGCGAGUAUCACAUUGGACCAAUUCUCGAGACUUCUAGAUCUUAAGUUGGAUACUAAACUGGAAAGCUUUUAA